UUUUGUCUUAUUCUUGUAAAGUGGUCGUAAGUGGAAGUUUAAUUAAUGUUGUGGCUAGCUUUUGCAAUGUUGACCAUAAAAACGGGUCUUGCUACCGAAAGCAAAAACAUUGAGAAUGCUUCAAAGGUCUUGGAAAUGCUUAUUGACUGUGGAGGGAGUGUUGAAUCUCUAAGAAACGAUAUUAAAAAUAUGAAGAACAAACUAGAACAUCUUAGUAAACAGCAAGCCACGGACACAUACACGAGAUGGGGACGGUCUUCUUGUCCGCUUGGAGCAACGACUGUUUACGACGGAUUUACGGCUGGGUUGCUUUACAGACAUACAGGAGCAGCAACUAAUCAUAUGUGUUUGUCUAAGAAACCAAAAUAUCACUAUCAUUCUAAAAAGCCGAGGUAUACGACACUGAUAUAUGGUGCUGAAGACGAAACACAUGACAGUAUUUGGGACAAAUUGGUGAACCAUGACAUCCCAUGUGUUGUUUGUCAUGUUCCUCGUUCGAGCAUUAUCAUGAUUCCUGGACGGGAUGAUUGCCCAGGCAAUUUUAAAUUAGAAUACUGGGGUUACUUGAUGGCUGGUAGGUUUAAUCAUCAAGCAGGAACAGAAUAUUUAUGCUUCGACGGUAAUCCAAUUGCCGCCGAAUAUUCAAGCCCAGUUAAUCAAGAUGGAGCUUUGUUUUACUUUGUUCAGGCAGUAUGUGGUUCAUUGAAAUGUCGGCCUAUGAAUCGGGGACACAGAUCACGUGCGCUGUAUGCUCGUACUCUCCUUAAAAAAGCUUUAAAGGGACUCCACCGAUGUUUUUUGACAUGAUGGGACUGAAAAUAUUUUUUCCAGAUAAAUGUACCAUUUGAUGAAGGUUUAGACGCAAAAUUUUAGAUGAUUCGCACACUUCGUUUUUCCAGAAUGAUAAUUUAAACUUUAAAAAAUGACCCAAAAUGAAAAGCGUUUAAACGCUUUACACUCAAAUCGGGCUAAAAAAAGCGAAACAAUACGAUUUUCAAUUUAUUUAUUCAUAACUGUCUUUGCAUGUAUUUCUGUUUUAAGUGCCCAACCACAUUUAUGUAAGAAAUUCAAAUGUUAUGUUUUUAUGCUUUUAAACUUCAGUGGAGUCCCUUUAAAAAGUUACCUCUAAGGUGUUGGACUGGACUCGAACGAAAAAUUGUGUGAUUUAUAUUUCUGGAUUGCAGCUUUUCUGACACUUUAAUCAUACUAAGAGCACAAAAGCAAACAUACACUUAUUGGAUAUGGUAUAACGGUUUUAACACGCUAAUAAAGAUUAACCAAAGCAUGCAAACAAAAAUAACAAAUAUGUAUUUAUUUCUUGACAACUGAACAAUGUCGUUGUAAUAUAUCAUAUUCAACCAAACAAAUACAAUUAUAGUGAAAAUUCAUAAACAUAGUUUGUUUGUCACUUGUCCAAUACUUGUGUUCUUAUCUUGGCGGUCGGUCGAACUAACCGGCCUUAUUUGAUAACUUACCACUAAUCAUCAAUUUCUCUGCAUGUGGCCGGACACUAAUUCCUUACGAUUUCCAUAUCUCUGAGGCUCUGGUUUUUGCUAUGACCAACCUCUAUACCAAAUAUUGGUACUGAAGACACAUGUUUUCUUCCUUUGCCACUUUAACCUUCCAUCAACUGAUUCAAAAUAUGUUGAGGACAUAUAUGACAAACUCCUAUACUAAAUCUAUAUGCAGUAGACAUAAACCUUCUCUAGUUUUUCGAUGGACAAGGUCUUUGUGGACAUGGUCAUUUGGACCUUGACCUUUGACCAAAUGAUCUCAAAACCAGUAUGGGUCACCGACUUGUCGGACAAGCUGUACUCAUUUGACGGACAUGCUAGAUAAUGGAUACAAGGGAUCGAUCCUGUUUAAAUUUUUUUGUUGGAAAGGCAGUGCCCUUUUCUAUUGUUACGAAAAAAUGACAUUGUGUUUAUUUUUAUUCUAUUUAUUGUUAUCUAGCCCUUUAUUUCCUUUGCAAUGGAAGGACUGGCACACCCCAGCUGUCCAAUAAACCCCGAAUUGAGACAUAAUUACUUCGAUAAAUUAGAGUACC